AGAGCUUGAGGAGAGGAGUGAAGUUCCGUCAUCCUUCUCACACAGAGAGUCAUAGGAGGAGGGAAGCAGAGGGAGGAGCGUAAACCGGUGACGGAGCGAAUCAGAGACUGGGAGAGUUGGAGCGGCACAACAAUAGCAGACUGCUCUUCUGGCUGUGGACACUCAGACACAGAGAGCGUUCAGAGGAACACAGCCGCUCUGUGGAACCAGCUGCAGGCGGAUCACAGCUGGAGUUUACAUACAGGCGUUUCUAGCUACUCAUUUUGUUUUCUUCUUGCUCACAGAGGAUAAUAAUCCUCACAAGACCACAAAUUGCCAUAUAUUGAUGCAGGAGCAUUCUAGGAAUUUUUUUGGUUCUGGCACAACAUUUUUUGGCCAUAUGUUGACCUGAAAAGUCUACAGACACUUCUGGACUUAUUUCUUUUUUGGAUUCUGAAGUAUUUUUUUGAAGAAGAGUGGAUUUUUCUGAAUUUUUAAAUAUUUAAUCUUAUUUGGAAAAAGCACUUCUAUUUGUGCUAUAUAUUUUUUUUUGUUGGUUUAUUUGGCAGGGACUCUUUUUGCCUCUGAAAGAAGGGGACACAGGAACAUUUCUUGCUGUGUUUGCUUGAGACAGAGCUUGUACUGAGGGGGAUGCCUCUGGAUGUGGUGAUUGCCCCCGCAGAGGACUGCUUUUGGCCGGACCUGCAGGAAUCAGACAUGAGGCUGAAGAUCAGGGUCCGCCGGAUGAAGCAGGGGAGAGAGCUUCGAGGAGGUUUUGCAGCUUUUUCCUCCUGUUUCCCCGGCCUGUGCGAGGGGAAGCCUGCCACUGCACUCCCUAUGAGCUUGUCCCAGCCCUGUUUGCCUGUGGCAAAUGUAGGACCUACUCGCAUCCUUCCACACCUCUACCUGGGUUCACAAAAGGAUGUUCUCAACAAGGAACUGAUGGCUCAGAAUGGCAUCACCUAUGUGCUGAAUGCAAGCAACACCUGUCCCAAACCAGAUUUCAUCAGCGAGAGCCAUUUUAUGCGUAUCCCAGUGAACGACAACUACUGCGAAAAACUGCUGCCCUGGCUGGACAAAACAAAUGAGUUCAUAGACAAAGCUAAGGUGUCAAACUGCAGAGUGAUUGUGCACUGCCUUGCUGGAAUCUCACGAUCAGCCACCAUCGCCAUUGCUUACAUUAUGAAGACAAUGGGCUUGUCAUCUGAUGAUGCUUACAGGUUUGUAAAGGACAGGAGGCCGUCCAUAUCGCCCAACUUUAACUUCUUGGGUCAGUUGCUGGAGUUUGAGAAGGGCCUGCGGUUACUACAAGCUUUAACCACUGACGACAAGAAGUCUGAAAACAACUCCAAACAAAGCUCAGAUAUUAAUGGUGUCUCUUCUGGAUUGGAGAUCAACGGUCAUCUCAACAGCAGUGACUCAUCUGUAGCAGAUCAUCACACCCAGACUGAACCCAAACUGCCAUCUCCCACCUCCCUCCAGCAGGGCUUUAAUGGCCUGCACCUCUCCGCAGAGAGAAUUAUGGACACUAACCGGCUCAAACGCUCCUUCUCUCUGGACAUUAAGUCUGUCUACUCUCCUAACAGUUCACAUUGCCCCAGCAUGGCACCCACUCAUUCUGAAGACAUCCCCAAAUUGUGCAAACUUGACAGCCCAGGGACAGGCACCUCCAACGGUGUCUGCUCACAAUCGCCCAUCCUAGACAGCCCCGGCUCAUUCGAUUCUCCAUUCCCCUCACCAAGCAGCGGGGGCAGCAUAGGUGGUUUGGGUGGAAGUGAUGGUGUCCAUCGGUCUGGUACCUCCUCAUCCAGAUCCAGACGAAAAACCAAGCACAGCUGUGGCACUUCUCCGGUCCAUUCGCAUCCACAUCAUCCUCCACAGACCCUCAGCUUGUCACUGGACCACAAGAGCCCAAGCCUGGAAGAAAAUCUUAGGGGCUCCCCGCUGCUCUCACUACCCUCCCUGCCGACUUUAGGAUCUGGGGCUAUGUGGACCAAACACAGAGACACUGUUCAGGCUACAACUCCCGUCACCCCAGUUACUCCAACCACAGAUGCUCCCUGGCAUUUUGGAGCAGAAGAAGGUGGCAAGGGAGAAAUGGAGCUGGGAGGAGAGGAGGGAAGGGUAGAGGAGUCAUCAGUCCGCUUUGGUAGCAGCUCGGUGUACAUGGCGUUUGGGUGCAGCGAAGGCGCAAGGUUACGGGACAAAUCCCAGAGGGAAAAGUCAUCGGUGUCUCAGACUCAGAGGGAUCACUGGGACUCCACAUCCACGAGCUCCAGCAGCAGUGUACCUGCAUCAGAACAGUUUAAGCGGCGCAGCUGCCAGAUGGAGUUCGAGGAGGGCAUUUCUGAGACGAGAGCCAGGGAAGAGCUGGGGAAAAUUGGAAAACAGUCAAGCUUCUCUGGAAGCAUGGAGAUCAUUGAAGUGUCCUGACAGAUAAUGGACCUGAUCCAAGCUGUCCUGUUUGGACAAAAAAUGGACCUGUUUCUAAAGGGAGUGCAAGAAAAGGAACAAUGAGAUGGAGCAGACGAAGGUUGUUGGGAUUUUUUAAAGCUCCUCUCCACAGACAGUGUUAAAGACUCCAACUGAGAGAAGGACAGAUUCAAGCUGAGAGUUAAUGUGAACAGUUUGCAAACCUGGACUGACAGAGCCUCAGAUGUGGUGUUUAGGUAGCCAUACUCAUCCUCUUACAAAUUUGAGGGAAGCGCCUGGGGAAAGGGGAAAUGAAGGUGUGACUGUUGGUACUGCAACUUUUAUUUAUGUGAUCUCCACCACAGGUUAAAGGAUAUCACCCCAAGCACACAUUGCAUCCUAUUAAAUAGAACUUCCUGAUAUUCAGACUCAUAAUGUUUGCCUGUGGUUAAAUGUAGUGUGUGCUUCCGUGGGUGUACAGCUUGUGAUUUGAUCCGAGCCCCAUCUUUCGUCUCAAAUCUCCAUCCCCGUAUCAAAGAACCUCAGAACCAUGCACGGCUCCAUCCACCCCACCACCAACUUCCUACUUGUGGCUUUUUCCGCCCCAAAUGCUGCAAAACAACACCAACAACAGCAGUGGACUCCUUAAUAGUCUCCUUCUAUUAUCACAGCACAAAGCAGAGAGGUCCAACAAACUUGACUUAAAGACGGUACUGCAGUCAAGUGACGAAGGAUC